UCCGGAUCAAACAGGCAGGCAGUCAGUCAGUCGGCUUGAGGUGUUACCUUUUGUCGCCUCCAGCUCACAUUUCAUCACGGAUACUUGAGCAAGUUGCCGUCCGUAGAUCCCUUUCUGUGGGGAGGGUUGGUCUUCACUCCUACGCAUCCGCACGGCUCCCGGAUACAGACAGAGUAAAAGUCACUAGGUUGCCUGUUCCGUCCCUGUCACAUCACAUGCUACCCACGACCUGCCAUAACCACAUCCGACCUACAACAUCGACGUCAAAAUCGUUAACCCCGUCAGACACUCUCGGGGAUCUUGGGUUGGCUGGUGGGAAGCCGAGGGUGUGUCGCAAUGCAGCGCCAGAACAAGAUCCGGCCGCCGAAGCGGUCACUCCGACAUGAAACCGACGAAUUCGACCAGCAGUGGGAUGUCCUCAGAGAGGCGCUCACAGACAUCCAUAAUAGGAACUCGAGCCGACUCUUGUUCGAGCAUUUAUACCGAGCCAGCUACAAGAUCGUGCUUAAGAAGCAGGGCGAGCGUCUCUACACGCUCGUGCAAGAGUUUGAGGGGAAAUGGUUUGCUGAACAGGUUAUCCCUCAGCUCCAGGCCAUGAUCGCACCCAACCUGAUCAACGUCGCGGUGGAGGCUGGCACCAGUGCCCAUGAGCGCCGUGAGAUGGGUGACACAUUCAUGAAGGGUCUCAAGGAAGCCUGGGAGAACCAUCGGAUGUCGAUGAACAUGGUUGCAGAUAUUCUCAUGUACCUGGACAAGGGUUUCCUCAAGGAGAGUCGAGGGACUUCGAUAUUUGUCACGACAAUAGGCUUAUUUCGUGACCAUCUUGUCAACCCUAACACCGUUGUGGGCCAUGACAGGACAUUCAGUCUCUUCGAUAUCCUCAGCACUGUCAUACUCGACCACAUAGAUAUGGAGCGCGAGGGAGACGUCAUCAACCGUUCCCUCAUUCACAGCUGUGUUAAGAUGCUGGAAGAUCUUUAUGAGACCGACGAGGAGAUGGACGCCGAUCGAUUGUAUCUUGUUCGCUUCGAGCCACACCUACUUGAGGCAAGUCGAACAUUCUACAGGAAUGAGGCUUUGAAGUUAUUGCGGAACGGUGACGCCAGUGUUUGGAUCCGCCAGACGCAUAGGAGAUUAUUGGAGGAGGAGGAAAGGUGCAGGACAACUCUGUCCACCUUGUCAAUCGAAAAGAUGACGCGAGCUGUGGAGGCGGAGUUGAUCUCUGCACAUCUCAACGAUUUUCUUGCAUUAGAGAACAAUGGUUUGAGGCAGAUGUUGGAUGACGACCGCGUUGAGGAUCUGGCUAUACUCUAUCAGCUUGUCGCCAGGGUAGACCCGUCAAAGGAUUUGUUGAAGAAGGGUGUUCUCAACCGCAUCUUGGCUUUGGGUGCCGAGAUUGAGAAGAAUCUCAACACAAUCGACUUUUCUGUCGCCCAAGGCGACGCAGCAGAGAAUCCAGCAGCAGAAAAACCAAAGUCUCAGGCUUUGUCACAACAAGCCCAGCAGACUGCCGCAGCCAUCAAAUGGGUCCAUGAUGUUUUGGACCUGAGAGCAAAGUUUGAUGUCAUCUGGGAGAAGUCAUUCGCCCAAGACCCGGGCCUACAAACUACCAUGACCAAAGGCUUUUCGGAUUUUAUCCACCAGUUUGGACGAAGCUCCGAGUUUGUUUCGCUUUACAUUGACGAGAAUCUCAAGCGCGGCAUUCGUGGCAAAUCAGACUUGGAAGUCACAGCCAUCUUGGAUAGGUCUAUCGUCAUGAUCAGGUACCUAAAGGAUAAGGAUUUAUUCGAGAGAUAUUACCAGAAGCACCUUGGAAGGAGGCUGUUGCAUAGCAGAGCUUCUAGUGAGGAAGCAGAGAAGCAGCUGAUUACCAUGAUGCAGCUGGAAUUGGGUAAACACUUCACCUCCAAGUUCGAAGGCAUGUUCAAGGACAUCACUAUAUCAGAAGAACUGUCAACCAAGUACGGCGAACACAUUCGCUCGCUGGGCGAUGUGGAUGUCCACCACAAACCGAUCGACUUGUCUAUCAGCGUCUUGACCAGCAACAGCUGGCCACCAGAUAUCAUGGGCCGCCCUGCCCAAGUAGGACGUGGUGAUGGGCUGCCUGCAGUGGACUGCAACUAUCCACCCGAGAUCAAGCGUCUGCAAGACAGUUUUUUCAAGUUCUACUUGAAGGAUCGCAGCGGCAGGGUCCUGACCUGGGUAGGGUCAGCGGGCAGCGCAGAUAUCAAAUGCGUAUUUCCACCAGUCAAGGGCAUGUCAGGCCCGCUUAGUCGGGAGCGUCGAUAUGAACUCAACGUAUCGACUUAUGGAAUGGUCGUCUUGAUGCUGUUCAACAGUCUUGAAGACGGCGAGACUCUGAGUUUUGAAGACAUUCAGGCAGAAACCAAUAUCCCUCCCAAGGACCUGUCAAGGGCUCUUGCAUCUUUAUCGAUUAACCCGAAAGCUCGAGUUUUACUCAAGGAGCCUGCGAGCAAGACUAUCCGACCUGGUGACAAGUUUUCGUUCAAUUCAGGCUUCGUUAGCAAGGCCAUCAAGAUCAAGGCACCGGUCAUCAACUCGCAGUCCAAGGUCGAAGGUGAUGAAGAGCGUCAACGGACUGAGGACAAGAACGAUGAGACGCGGCGACAUAUGAUUGAUGCAGCCAUAGUGCGCAUCAUGAAGUCUCGCAAGGAGCUAGCACAUAAUGCCCUUCUCGCUGAGGUUAUUGGGCAGCUUGUUUCGAGAUUCCAGCCAGACGUGGCGAUGAUCAAGACCCGGAUCGAGGAUUUGAUUGCUCGAGAGUAUCUAGAGCGUCUAGAUGAGUCUGGAUACAAGUACAUGGCAUGAGGUGGGAUACAUGUCUUGACUGGAGGACCUGGUUAUCACGUAGGAUAAGUGUAAGGGGCGCACUACGCAAAGACCGAAGCUGGUCUCUGACCAUCUAGCUUUAUGUUUUUGGAAGCAAGGACCAUCCAGAUACGAGGUUCUUCAUUUGCACAUAGGACAGGGGCCUGUGGCCCAGACUGAGCUUGUGCAUCACGUUGUCCACCAGACUGCGGCACCCGUGCGCGACCAGAAAAAAAAAGCAUGCCGGGGAAGUUCGAGGAAUCGAAAGCGAUGGUACAGAUUUAUGUCUAGUGAGGCCUAAAUAAUCCUAUCUCUUGAUUAGAUGGGAUGGCCGGGACAUAUGAUAAUGGGAAGGAAUAUUUCGAUGCUAGACGCCACCGCGUACCCGAAGCCGAGAUUACUCCCAGAGGCGACAUUGCCACAAACCCCGAUAUGUUUUGUUUUACGAGAAGUUUGUGAUGGUGAGCUUAUAAUCCGAAAAGAGAAAAGUUUGGCACCGCCAAUAUUAAAGCGAGCGGUCAAUUGUACGUCAUCAACAAGCAGCUAAAUCAGAACAAAAUUUGAGAGGAAGUUUCGC